AUGGAAGAAAAAUACUCGUUCAAGAAUCUUCAUAGCAGAGAAUAUUCAGGUCACAAGAAGAAGGUGCACUCUGUGGCUUGGAAUUGCAUUGGCACAAAACUUGCUUCUGGUUCUGUUGAUCAAACUGCUCGAAUCUGGCAUAUUGAACCACAUCAUGGCCACGGUAAAGUUAAAGAUAUUGAAUUGAAGGGUCACACGGAUAGUGUGGAUCAGCUAUGCUGGGACCCCAAACAUCCCGAUCUUAUUGCAACUGCAUCGGGUGACAAGACUGUUCGUCUCUGGGAUGCUCGUAGUGGGAAAUGCUCACAACAAGCAGAACUUAGCGGAGAGAACAUCAACAUCACCUACAAACCUGAUGGUACUCAUGUAGCAGUAGGUAAUAGGGAUGAUGAAUUAACAAUACUUGAUGUUCGGAAAUUUAAACCAAUUCAUAGGCGCAAGUUCAACUAUGAGGUAAAUGAGAUUGCUUGGAACAUGACUGGCGAGAUGUUUUUCUUAACAACUGGAAAUGGGACUGUGGAAGUAUUGUCGUAUCCAUCUCUUCGACCUCUUGAUACCCUCAUGGCUCAUACAGCCGGUUGUUAUUGCAUUGCAAUUGACCCAACAGGAAGACAUUUCGCUGUUGGAAGUGCUGAUUCCCUUGUCAGCUUAUGGGUUAUCUCAGAGAUGCUUUGUGUGCGUACCUUUACAAAGCUCGAAUGGCCUGUUCGGACAAUUAGUUUCAAUCAUACCGGGGACUUGAUUGCUUCAGCAAGUGAAGACUUGUUCAUCGAUAUUUCAAAUGUUCAUACUGGAAAAACAGUACAUCAUAUUCCCUGUAGAGCUGCGAUGAAUAGUGUUGAGUGGAAUCCUAAAUACAAUGUACUUGCGUAUGCCGGAGAUGACAAAAACAAGUAUCAGGCCGACGAAGGUGUUUUUCGAAUUUUUGGUUUUGAAAAUGCUUAG